GCUUCCUUAAUCCCCGCCUGCCCGGUGCGUGUCUCCGGCCCGGCCUCCCCAUGCAGUCCCGGCUUCUGUGCUUCAGCGGCGGCCCCGCAGCGCGGAGAGUCCGGCUCAUUCUGCAGCAGGUGGUGCGGGGCCGCCUGGCUGCGGAGAGGCAGCUGCAGCCGGAGGUCAGGGCGCUGCACGGCUCGGGAGCCGCCGCAGGGGAUACUGUUACUAUUGGAGAUGUGUCAUUUAAACUCAAAACGCCAAAGAGCCCAGAACUUGUGCCACUGAACUACAUGUCAGACAAUUUGGCCCAAUCUGUAGUCCAACAUCUAAGAUGGAUAAUGCAAAAAGAUCUUUUGGGGCAAGAUGUUUUUCUUAUAGGGCCCCCUGGACCCCUUCGACGCUCUAUUGCCAUGCAGUACCUGGAGCUGACCAAACGAGAGGUUGAGUAUAUUGCACUAUCAAGGGACACCACAGAAACGGAUCUGAAACAGCGCAGAGAGAUCCGAGCAGGGACUGCUUUUUAUAUUGAUCAGUGUGCAGUCCGUGCAGCUACAGAAGGCAGAAUCCUUGUGUUGGAAGGUUUGGAGAAGGCAGAGCGGAACGUCUUGCCUGUGUUAAACAAUUUGUUGGAAAACAGAGAAAUGCAGCUGGAAGAUGGGCGCUUUCUUAUGUCUGCAGAACGUUAUGACAAGCUGCUACAGGAACAUACUAAAACUGAGUUAGAUGCAUGGAAGAUUGUUCGAGUAAGUGAAGAUUUUCGUGUGAUAGCACUGGGCCUGCCAGUACCUAGAUAUUCUGGUAACCCAUUGGACCCUCCUCUUCGUUCUAGAUUUCAAGCAAGAGAUGUUUAUCAUCUAUCCUUUAAGGACCAUCUUAAGCUAUUAUACUCGGUUGGAUCAAAUGUUUCUGCACAGAGAAUCUCUCAGCUCUUGUCUUUUGCUACAACUCUCUGCUCCCAGGAAUCUUCUAUGCUGGGACUUCCAGAUUUUCCUUUAGACAGUUUAUCAGCUGCAGUUCAGAUUCUGGAUUCCUUCCCUAUGAUGUCAGUCCAGCAUAUAAUCAAAUGGCUUUACCCUUAUAAUGUUCUACUAGGAAAGGAAGGCAGGACUGCAGUAGAAGAUGCAUUAAAACGUUUUGAGCUCCAGGAUUCAGAAAGCCCUUUGCUUCCCAGUAGGAUUAAAAAAGUGGAACAAAUACAUGGAAGCAAGACCUUACAGGCUGAUGUAACUGUCCAGAUUGCUGAAAAAGAAGUGAAAUUCCAGGUCCCAGCUGGGACUAGACCAUUAAAACUGUGUUCUGGAUCAGACACUUUCAUAAAGACUUCCAGCCAUAAGCAGCUGUUGGCAGAAAUGAUGCAGUCACAUAUGGUUAAGGAUAUGUGUUUGAUAGGCGGAAAAGGCUGUGGCAAAACAGUUAUUGCUAAGGAGUUUGCCAAUAUGUUAGGAUACAACAUAGAGCCUAUCAUGCUGUAUCAGGAUAUGACAGCUCGAGAUUUGGUGCAGCAAAGGUAUACUCUUCCAAAUGGAGAUACUGCUUGGAGACCAUCUCCACUUGUUACUGCUGCCUUGGAUGGGAAGCUUGUUAUUCUUGAUGGUAUUCAUCGCGUCAACUCUGGCACCCUAGCUGUACUACAAAGGCUAAUCCAUGACAGAGAACUGACUCUUUACGAUGGCACCAGAUUACUAAGAGAAGAUAGGUAUCAAAGUUUAAAAGACGAACUGCAGCUCUCCGAUAAGGAACUACAACAGAGGUCCAUCUUUCUUAUCCAUCCCUCAUUCAGAAUAGUUGCCCUGGCAGAGCCUCCUGUCAUAGGAAGUAGCACAAAGCAAUGGUUGGGCCCAGAGUUUCUAACUCUGUUUCUGUUCCAUAACGUUAAGUCUUUCACCAGGAAUGAAGAAAUUCAAGUUAUUAAAGAAAUGAUUCCAAAUGUGCCCACGGUUGCGGUGGAACAGUUGUUAUCAUUAACACACAAGCUUCGGGAGACAAAUGACCCCACAGCACAGUCACUGGCAUCAUCUUUGUCCACACGACAGCUAUUACGAAUUUGUCGUCGGCUAUCACAGUAUCCAGAUGAAAGUCUCUACCAUGCUGUCAAUAAAGCCUGUCUUUCCAGGUUUUUGCCAAAUCUUGCAAGAUCAGCUUUACAUAAAAAUCUGCUGGAUUCAGGGAUUGAGAUAAACCCAGAUGAUAUUAGGAAACAAGAGGAGAAGGAUUAUAGUUGUGAAAUACAUAAUGGCUUUCUGAGGAUUGGAUCUGCCACCAUGCCCGUUUAUAAUACCAAUGAGAAAAUGAAAGUGCCUGAUGUUCUGUUUUAUGAGAACACACAGCAUAUGAUGGUGAUGGAGGAUAUGCUAAAAGACUUUUUGCUGGGAGAACACCUUCUUCUAGUUGGCAACCAGGGAUACCACUGUACAGAGCCUUACUCUGCAGCCUUCCGUUACAGAUGGCCGUAUUACAUAUGAAGACUCACCACUGGUGAAAUCAGUCAAGUUGGGGCAUAUUCUGGUUAUCGAUGAAGCAGACAAAGCACCUACAAAUGUUACCUGUAUUUUAAAAACUCUUGUGGAAAGUGGAGAAAUGGUUCUGUCGGAUGGAAGGCGCCUUGUUGCCAAUCCUGCUAAUGUAGAUGGGAGAGAAAAUGUAAUAGUAAUUCAUCCUGAUUUUAGAAUGAUAGUUCUAGCAAACAGACCCGGAUUUCCCUUUUUGGGAAAUGAUUUUUUUGGCACACUAGGGGACAUUUUUAGCUGCCAUGCAGUUGAUAAUCCCAAACCACAGUCGGAACUGGCUAUGCUUAGACAGUAUGGACCAGAUGUUCCUGAGCCAAUCCUUCAGAAACUGGUGGCUGCUUUUGGAGAACUGAGGAGCUUGGCUGACCAAGGAAUUAUUAACUAUCCUUAUUCAACCAGAGAAGUUGUAAAUAUAGUAAAACAUUUACAGAAAUUUCCAAUUGAAGGACUUGCAAAUGUGGUUCGAAAUGUGUUUGACUUUGACUCCUACAACAAUGAAAUGCGUGACACUUUGAUCAGCACUUUGCACAAACAUGGGAUACCGAUUGGAGCAAAACCUACCAGUAUACAGCUGGCCAAGGAGCUACCCUUGCCAGACCAUAAAUUUAUGGGCUACUGGAGAAUCAAUCAAUCAGGGAACGCACGGCGGAAACUACUGUGUCCAACAGAAACUCAUCAGUUAAAUAUAAAGGGUCCAAUAUAUUUAAAUGUUCAGGGAUUUCCACUGGAACGGCAUGAAGCAAGGUCCCUCAGUUUCACAGAAGAACUUGCUUUUUGGACACUGCCUUUGAAUGAGGUUAACUUAGUCUGUGAUGUUGCUGUAGCAGAAGAAGAUGAGACUGAAAAUAUGCUCUAUGUGGCUACAUGCAAUCCAGUUUCCUUAUAUUUCAUGAAUGUAUCUAGUAAAAAUGGAUACUUUGUGGAUUGUUAUGACAUCUUCCCAAGAACGGCUGGCAGCAUAUGGCAACCCUUUGUGACUGUGGCACCUCUAGGAAAUCCACUCAAAGGGCAAGUGAUUCUUCACGAAGAGCAGAGUAAUGUUGUCUUGUUGCUGGAUACGAAAACUGGUGCCAUUCAUAGACUUUUACUCUCACCAGAUACCCAAGAAGUUCCAAAGAGAGCAUCCUGGUGGGGCAACAAGGAGGAGCCGAUCAGUCACAAAAUGUGCAGAGAGUUUUCACAUAAAAACUGGCUGGUGUUCUACAAAGAAGAAGGAAACCAACUUAUUGUGCUGGAUGUACUGGAGGGUCGAACUCAUACUAUCUCACUACCUAUCAAUCUCAGAUCCGUUUUCCUAGUGGCUGAAGACCGUUGGCUCUUGGUGGAAAGCAAAACAAAUCAGAAAUUUCUUUUAACUAAGCCAGCGCAUAUGGUAUCUGAAGAGAGUGGAGUUUGCCAGCUGCAUGCAUUGAAUGAAGACCCAGUUGACAAGGGGUUUGGUUUAACAACAGCAUCUGAUUUGUGUGUGCCGCACACAGUUUCAAGUGACCAACUAUCUUCAGAGAACCUAAGCGUAGCUGUGGAACAAAAGAUCAGCUCUCCCAACAGGAUUCUCUCGGAUGUGCAUAAUUAUGCUACUAUUGUUGUUGGCUUCCCAGAACUUAUGUCUCCCAAUGAGGUGUACAGCUGGAAGAGAGGCUCCUCGCUGGGCAGCCGACAUGCUUCUCCCUCUGAUCCAUUUUACUAUGGGAGGCGCAGUAAAACCGGAGUUGCAAAACAAUUUAAUUGUGUGACUUUAUUAGCUACUAAUCAAAUAGUUAGAAUUUUAGCACCUGGAGACAUCCCUUUGAAAGAACUUUAUCCAAAAGAUAUCACUCCUCCACAAACAGCUGGGUAUCUGGAAGUAACCGACCUUAACUCAAAGAAACUUAAAUACAUCCCUAUUCCCAGAUCAGUGUCUCUCUCUCCGUAUACAUCAUGGCUGUCAAAGAUCUCGGACACAGAUGUUCUGUUGGCGCCACUGGGAAAAGUAGGUUUGGUUACAGUGGAUAUGGGAGGCAGUGUCAGGCUUUGGGAGACAGGACUUGACAACCUACAGCGUUCUCUGCAGGACUGGAGAAACAUGAUUGGACAAGAGGAUGGUAGACCUGUGCAGAUAACCAUUGAGAGAGACAGUGGUUUGGAAGUGAGCUCCCCUAAGCAUGGAAAGACAGAUCCAGACAACAUGCCCCAUGUUGGCGGAAACACCUGGGCUGGUGGAACAGGUGGGAGAGACACAGCAGGGCUGGGCGGCAAAGGUGGGCCCUAUAGACUGGAUGCUGGCCACAAAGUUUACCAGAUAUCUCAGGCUGAGAAAGAUGCUGUUCCUGAGGAGGUGAAGAGAGCUGCAAGGGAGAUGGGUGAAAAGGCCUUUAAACAGAGAUUAAAGGAGAUCCAGAUGAGUGAAUAUGAUGCAUCUACUUACGAAAGGUUCUCUGGAGCUGUCCGAAGACAAGUUCAGUCUCUCCGAAUUAUCCUAGACAAUCUGCAGGCCAAGGGUAAGGAAAGACAAUGGCUGAGACACCAAGCUAUUGGAGAGCUAGAUGAUGCCAAAAUAAUUGAUGGACUAACAGGAGAAAAAGCUAUUUAUAAACGACGGGGAGAAUUUGAGCCAGAACUUGGUAGCCCUCAGCAGAAGCCUAAGCGUUUGCGCCUGGUAGUGGAUGUUUCUGGCAGCAUGUACCGCUUUAAUGGGGUAGAUGGUCGACUGGAGCGUUCCAUGGAGGCUGUCUGCAUGGUCAUGGAAGCUUUUGAGAAUUACGAGCACAAGUUUAAGUACGAUAUCGUUGGACAUUCAGGAGAUGGCUUCAACAUUGCAUUGGUUGGGAGUGACAAAGUUCCCAAGAACAAUAAGCAAAGAUUAGAGAUUAUUAAGAUAAUGCAUGCCCAUGCUCAAUUCUGUAUGAGUGGAGACCAUACUCUCGAAGGGACGGAGCAUGCUGUUCGUGAAAUUGCCAAAGAAGAGGCUGAUGAAUAUUUUGUCAUAGUCUUGAGCGAUGCAAACCUUGAACGAUAUGGUAUCCCACCAGCAAGAUUUGCCCAAACCUUGACCAUCAACCCUCAAGUUAAUGCUUUUGCCAUAUUCAUAGGAUCCUUAGGAGACCAGGCAGACAGGCUGCAGAAGAUGCUACCAGCAGGCCGGUCUUUUAUUGCCAUGGAUACCAAGCAGAUCCCGCAGAUCUUGCAACAGAUCUUUACAUCCACCAUGUUGUCCAGUGCCUAAGAAGUUCCCGUUACUAUUAAAUAAUUGGACAUUGUAACAAGCACAAUUGAGAAAGAAGCUGGCUGGUGAAAGACAAAAUCAGCACCUGAUGAAGUUAAGAACUAUAAAACUGAUAAAUAUAAUUUUCAUAUUGAAAUAUUAUAGUCCCUUAAUCGAAAUGCCAAAAACAACACUGUAGUUUAGAUUUUUGGUGAAAUCGUACAGCAUAGCCAUCAGGUGACUUAAAGUUCUGCAUUCAGAGAGAUAAGAGAGUUCAAGGGGGUUGAUGUAGUGCACAGGAUAUCUGUGUCAAAUGAAGAGAGGGACAGAUAACACAUCAUUUGUGAUCAUUCUGGCUGAUAUAUUGCCAGCAGCUCUUUGGGACUGCAUCAUUUUACUCAGUUUUAUUAGCAGUGUUUCUUGGGGUUGAAUACCAAGUUAUAGAGCAAUGUGCAAGUCAGACGCAGCUAAUCUGCCCCACUGUUGUGUGUGCUGAGUUCAGAAUUAGAAAUGCAAGUAACUGCACAUUCGAACAAGACUGCUCAUCCUGAUCUGCAUCCGACCUUUGCUAUUGGGUAUCAGGAACAAUAGAGUGGUGUGGAAGCACAGAACAUUGCAGUAUAAACAUACCUUAUUGGAUCUGGAGCACAGCUCAGAGUAGUGAAAAUCCCUAGAAAAAAGUUAAUUUAUUUUUUCCUGGAAAGUCAGAGCUGAAAGGGGUCAAAGUGGUCUAAGACCCACCUAUGAAGGGUGCACCACCAUGGCUUUCCCACUGCAUGGUAGCAGAUGAUGAUGUCUAGUUUCUCUGUUGCCAGGACUCCUAGGAAAGGGCCUCUCCCCCCAGAGGCUGGAUGUGCUCAUGGUUUUUUACAUUUUGCUUCCAUUUCAAGAGCUCUUUGCACUUUCUGUUUUGGUUUCUAAAAUGUGAAGCUGGAGGGCAGAUCUGAGUGUCAGAAAAUGACUUUUAAUAAAGAAGAAAAUAAGUAAAGAGGAAAAAUGGAUCAAGAGAGUAAAAGUAUGUGGCUUUCAUUUUGGUAGGAAAUCUGUGUUUGGAGGUCUUCUUUUAAUACAGAACACUCUCACUCUGUGCAUCUUUUCUAUUGUAAGUAUUUUCCUCCCAUUUCCACAUUCUCAAACAGGAACUCUUGCUUUAGAAUUAAAUUGGUUGAAGUUUGUACUGCACUCUGAAGAUGAAAAUCCCUAGGUAGGGGCUAACUAAUAGUACUUUUGCAAUCACUGUGCUUCAGGAUCACUGGAAUACUUAAUAAAUUGAAUUCACCAUCCUACCGCGAGUAACUGUUAACUCUCAUCACCACCAAUAAAAAGACUCCUGCCCCAUG